CUUGUCCACUUUUUCUGUCCUCUUCCUGCACUAUCUCUUUUUAUCGUCAGUUCGACGUCGACGCUGAGCAGCUCAAGCCAUAGCCGGAUUCCCCUCACAGCACACAAGUAGCAGUAGACGUCAUGGCUCUGGAGACGCUUAGUGCACGGCCGCGUACCCAAUCGGGUGGCGCUGGUCUCAUCCAGGGCGGUCACGUGUCCGUCGAUGUGCGUCCCGAAGCUGACGACGCGGACACCACCACCGAGACGACGCAGCUGCUAGACGAAGAUAACGAUAACAAUAAGAAGAAAGCUAAGCAGACGCAUCUAGACUUGGAGACGGCCGACGACCAGGAGCUCAAGAAGAAGGAGAAGGCUGCGACCACUACGGCCAAGACGUCGUACGUGGCUCCCUCUGUCGUGGUCUUCUGGCUCAGUAUGUGGUUCACGCAGAACAUUGGCGUGACCUUCUGGAACAAGAAGGCGUUGGGCGCUCUGCGUCUGCCAGUGACACUCACAUUUGUACACAUGACGUGCAACACGCUGGGUGCGUUCCUAUACAUCCACGUGUUCAAGGGCAUCGAACGCAAGCAACUGAAGCCUGGUCAGAAGCAGCUCAUGGUGUAUUUCUCGCUCAUCUUCGUGAGCAAUAUCAUCACAGGCAACUGGAGUUUGGGACUCGUAUCCAUCUCCUUUAACCAGGUCAUGCGUGCAUUAGUUCCAGCAGUCGUCGUUGUACUCAGCAUGUUGAUCCUCGGCAAGACGUACUCGCUCAAGCGCAAACUUUCGCUCAUCCCUGUGGCUUUCGGCGUCUACUUGGCAUGCACUGGAGACAACUCGUGCACAGUAUUGGGCUUCAUCAUCACAGUCGUCGCCAUUAUAUUCGCUGGUUUAAAGGCAGUUCUCUCGAACAAGUUCCUAAGCGGAGACCUGAAGCUUCACCCCGUGGACUUGAUCCUACACCAGGCUCCUCUGUCGGCCUGCUGGUGUCUAAUCACCAUGUUCUUCACCGGAGAAGUGGAUACGAUCAUGAACAACUGGGAAGUGGUGCCCUCGGCCAGUUUCUGGUUCAUUUUGACUGGAAUUAUUAGCUUCAUGCUGAACGUCACGAGCUUCAUGGCCAACAAAGUCACGUCUCCUGUGACGCUGUGUGUAUGUGGCAACAUGAAACAAGUGGUUGUGAUCGUCAUGUCUAUCCUCAUUAACAACGACGUCAUCACGGUGCAGAAGGCCAUCGGUAUCGUCGUCGUAACAAUCGGUGGCGCAACGUACGCCUACAUCUCGACAAUGGAAACCAUGGGCCAAUCCACACUCCCCGCACCAGCUACGAAGACGAAGGUGCAGGCGCAGAAAGCUUGAUGCUCUCUCGAUCGCUGCAGACUUCAAUAUUGAUGCGUAUGAUAGACAACAGGCUUUUUAGAAUGAACUUUUGCUUGUUCAUUGCAAGAAAAUGAAAAAAAAAGUUCAAGAUACAUUAACGUCAAGGCUUCUACUCUUCCUGGCGAUGUCGUUUUUUUUUAAUCUGUUUCA